GGUCACAUGAUUCUUUCAGCUACUGGGUUGAUGAGAAAUCUCCUGUGGGACCAGACCAAGCCACAGCCAUCAAACGUUUGGCCAGAAUUUCUUUGGUUAAAAAGAUCAUGAAGAAAUGGUCGGUGACUCAAAAUCUGACUUUCAAAGAGCAGUUGGAAGGUGGGAUCCGCUACUUUGAUCUUCGUGUGUCUUCCAAACCUGGGGAAAUAGGACAAGAGACUUACUUCAUACAUGGCUUGUUUGGCAUCAAAGUAUGGGAUGGGCUGAAGGAGAUCAACACCUUUCUUGAGCAGCAUCCCAAGGAAGUAAUCUUCUUGGAUUUCAAUCACUUCUACGCCAUGGAUGACAGCCAUCACUUCUUCUUGAUCAACAGGAUCCGUUCAGCAUUUGGAUCCAAACUUUGUUGCGUUGAAUGUGUAGAAUAUGUGACAUUACAGUACAUGUGGGAGAAGAAACACCAGGUUCUCAUAUUCUACCACUACCCUUUGUAUCGGGAGUUCCCCUUCCUGUGGCCAGGGAAUAAGAUGCCGGCACCGUGGGCCAAUACAACCAACGUGCACAAACUGUUACAGUUCCUGGAGACCACUCUUGAGGAGCGAAGUCGUUAUGGGACUUUUCAUGUUUCUCAAGCAAUUCUCACACCUCGAGUGAAAACGAUUGCACGGCAUCUAAUUCGUGGUUUGAAGAACACUCUUGUUCAUAGAUCGUUGCCAUCAUUAAAAAUAAAGAAUUUUGAAAAGAAUAAUGUAAGGGUAAGCACGCUUCCUGCCUGUUUGGCUAAAAGUGGCCGGAACCGUAACAGUCCUGGCGGGAUCUGUUCUCCUGGGUCGGUGUCGCUCACGGUUCACCUGGCCAGAACGGUGUUAGGUUCUACAUUACACUCGUGCAGGUGGUCAGAACUGGUCCGGUUUGACCAGCAACUCGGCUUAACAUUAAGAGCGAG